CUGGGUGGAUGCUUACAAAGUUGUGAGGAGGACAUGUAGGAUCCAAAUCCAUUUUGUCUUUGUGAAAAAGGCUGCUGGAUCUUUACUUUGCAUUGCAAUGCAAGUAUCAUUCCUCUGGCACAGCUGCAUCAUGUAUCAGUUAGCGUUGGCUGUUUGCUUGCUGUCUCUCUUCUCUGUGCUGACUGUAGACUCCUCAAACAAGAAGGGACGCAACUUCACCAUCCAUUCAUCUCAGCUCAGUUGCAGCUUGCCAGGCCCUCAGGGCCCUCCAGGGAUUCCAGGUGCUUCAGGUCCCUGUGGCAAGGUAGGCAAGAUGGGCAUGCCAGGUAUCGAUGGUGAGGAUGGCAAGGAUGGUGAUGGCGGAGAGAAGGGAGAGAAAGGUGAACAGGGUCGUCUUGGGAAUCCUGGUAAACAUGGACUACAAGGGCGCCCAGGGCUUGUUGGGAAGGCAGGGCCAAGGGGCCUGAAGGGGGUGCGAGGGGCACCUGGUGUGUCUGGAGCUAAUGGGAUAAAAGGGGAAAUGGGAGAUGUGGGGGAGACCGGUGCCCCUGGAGGCUGUGAUUGUGGAAAAGAGGCACGAUCGGCUUUCUCAGUAGCAGUAACCAAGAGCUAUCCCAAGGAGCACAUGCCCAUCCGCUUUAAACGCAUUUUAAUGAAUGAAGGUGAGCACUACAAUGCCACUACUGGCAAGUUUAACUGUGCAAUCCCUGGUGUUUAUUACUUCACAUACGACAUCACAUUGGCUAACAAGCAUCUGGCAAUCGGGCUUGUCCACAAUGGCCAGUAUAAGAUCAGAACAUUUGAUGCCAACACAGGGAACCAUGACGUGGCCUCGGGUUCAACAGUACUUCGACUAGAGAAAGGAGAUCAGGUCUGGCUUCAGAUCUUCUAUUCUGAACAAAAUGGACUAUUCUUUGAUCCAUUCUGGACUGACAGUCUUUUCACAGGAUUUCUCAUUUAUGCUGAUCAGGUUGCCCCAAAUGCGAUGGAUGUGACCAAUUCUGGAUCUUCCUGAUCAGUUUAUUUGUUUCACACAUUUCUUUUUUUUCUUUUUUUUUUAAGAUAUGAGCAUUUAAAUUUUCAUAACGAUGUUCCAUCAAAUUGAAUUGUGUAAUGUUUACCUAAAUUAAUUAAAUGAAUAAAUCUUAAAAUAUUUAUUUUUUUAUUGUACUUUAUUAAAGAUUUCUUAAUUCAAUUUGAUGGAAUUUUGUUAUGCGUAAAUCAUUAAAAAAAGUUUUGGGAAUGCUAUGAAACUGUAGCUUCCCAAGCUACACUGCAAACCCUAAUAAGGUAGCAGAACUCAAACGAUUUGAGAAUAAUGUAGUAAGGUACAUUACAGGCUAUUAAGAAAAAGUAGCUAUAACCACACUGAAACUAUUUAAAUAAUUAAUAUUUUUGAUAUCUAGCAAUGGAGAAUAGUUCUGAUUGCAGAAUUCAAUAAUAUCAUCUUAUAAUGAUGAUAUGAAUAUAUUAAGUGAUUUAUCUAUAAUAAUAUAGUGAUGUCAACCUGCAAGUUGCUAUUUUUAUUUUUACAUUUGAAUGACCUAGAGCCAUGUCAGCAUCUACAUAGAUUUUGCUUUAUUAUAGUUUAAUCUUAGAAAAAGACUAUGAACCAUUAAGUCACUCCAUUAAUAACCAAAAGGAAUUUAAGGGCAAUUUGUGUUUUAGACUGGUUAUUUACUAGCCCCUUGCAUAAGACUGCCGUUCUUUGGCAUAUUUGAAGAUGGAAUUGUGAUCGGAUCAGUUGAAGUGUUUCAGAGGACAAUAGUACAAUAGUUCAGUCAAAUCAGACAAUACUAACCUCAACUGUGUAGUUCAGUUGUUUAUAAUACAGCAGUUGAUCCCUGUCAGCAACUGUGUAGAGUGAAUACUUAAGUCAAUUUCAACAUUACUUUUAACAUUAUAAUCUCACACAUUUGAAGUUAGAUGCACAUAGUCAUUGUUUUUCUAUUUCUUUUGUUUAUGUAGGCUAUACACAUCUAAUCUUGCGUUCAAUUCAGUUCAAAGGUUAUGACCUUGUCUCCUUGGAAUAUGCUUGAUUUCGGAGAUUUGUCAGACUCUCCUUUCUUAACAUAUUUUUGACAAAAACACUGCAGUCAAGCAUUCUGAUUUCAACAUUUCAGUCAAUAGAUGACUGAAACUACUGUUCAAAUAAAUAGAAGAUUUCUGUCUCUUCUUGAAGCAUUUAAGGUGACACAGGUGAUCAGCAGUUAUGUAAAGACAUUAGGUCUAUUGGUCAGCAUACAUGUGUAAUACAGCAAUCUGUCUCUCAUGUUCCUCUCUUUUAAGAC